AUGUCCCUAAAAUUACCCUCGGCCCCCAACGCAGGCCUCUUCAAACAGGGCUACCUGUCGUACUCCGCCGCAGAUGGCGCCACCAUCCGCAACAUCGAGGCGGUGCGCGAAAUCUCGUCCGUGGUGGUCACCUCGAUGGGUCCAAGUGGAAGAAACAAGAUUUUGGUCAACAAACACGACCGCACGUUUGUGACGAACGACGCGGCCACGAUUCUCAACGAGUUGGACAUCGUGCACCCCGCCGUGAAGAUGUUGAUCAUGGCGCUGAAGCAGCAGGAGUUUGAGAUGGGCGACAACACCAACUUGGUGCUCAUCUUGGCCGGCGAGCUUUUAAACAUCAGUGAGAAGUUGCUCACAACCGGGUUGAGUGUGCCGGAAAUCAUCCAGGGGUACACCAUGGCAUGUAAGUUUUUGGGCGAGAAGUUGGAGUCGUUGGUUGUAGAGGCUGUAGACAACAUCGUGGACACCGCGGAGCUCAUGAAGGUGAUCCGGCCGGUGAUUGCCGCCAAGCAGUAUGGCUUGGAGGACACUAUUCUGAGAUUGGUGGUGGACGCUGUCAAAUUGAUCCUCAACCCUAAGAAGCCUCAGGCCUUCAACAUCGACAAUGUGCGUGUAGUCAAGAUUAUGGGUCUGUCUUUGUCCGGAUCCGAGGUCGUCAAGGGCAUGGUUUUCCCCCGUGAACCGGAGGGACACGUCAAGCACGUCCGCGAGAAAUCAAAGGUGGUGGUGUUCACAUGCCCCAUCGACAUCUCCACCACGGAAACCAAGGGCACGGUGUUGCUCCACAACGCCAAGGAAAUGUUGGACUUCACCAAGGGCGAGGAGCAGCAGUUGGACGACAUGUGCCGCGAGAUCAGCGACUCCGGCGUGCGCGUGGUUGUGGCGGGCUCCAACAUCGGCGAGUUGGCCCUCCACUACUUCAACAAGUACCACAUUCUCGUGUUGAAGGUCCCCUCCAAGUUCGACAUCCGCCGUAUCUGCCAAGUCUGCGGUGCUACGCCUUUGCCCCGUCUUGGUGCCCCUAUGCCAGAGGAGGUUGGCUCCAUUGAUAUCAUUGAGACCAAGGAGAUCGGUGGUGACCGCGUGUGCAUCUUCAGACAGAGCGAGGACUCCAUUUCAAGAACUUCCACCAUCGUCAUUAGAGGCGCUACACAGAACAACAUGGACGACAUAGAGAGAGCAGUCGACGAUGGUAUAAACGCCAUCAAGGGCUUGGUCAAGGACAACCGUCUUUUACCCGGCGCAGGUGCUGUGGAAAUCGAGCUCGUGAAGUUGAUCACUCAAUACGGAGAGAAAACGCCUGGUUUGAUGUCUCUUGCCAUUAAGAGCUACGCUAAGGCUUUCGAGGUUGUUCCAAGAGUAUUGGCCGAAACAUCGGGCUUGGACUCCACCGAAGUCUUGAGUUCCUUGUACUCCGCCCACGCCGACCAAGAGGGUCUGGGGUUGACCAUGGGUGUCGAUGUUGACGGCGAGCUGGACAACUGUUUGGUCGAGGUCACAGGACCAGGCAUUUACGAUCUCUUAUCUACCAAACAGUCUGCUAUUAACUUGGCCACCGAGGCCGCCACUACAAUUUUGUCUAUUGACCAGAUCAUUAUGGCCAAGAGAGCCGGUGGACCACAGGUUCCUCAGCAGAGAAGACAAGGCAACUGGGACCUGGAGGACUAG